CUCAAGACGAGCGGCAUUGAGAUUUCGGCGACAGUGUUAGAGACCAAAAGAUGUGUAGCUCCUGCUGAAAAACAUGCUGUCCUCAGACCACACGAUGUUUCUGUUUGCUGGGAUCAAAUCCAAGUGAGGUCUAGCAAAAGCAUCGUUGGAAUCCAGAGUUAAAAGACGGAUUGUACUAUAAGCACGAGCGAUCAGCGAGACGAGAUUUGAACGCGCUGCCGUAGGAGAUCAGCCGACGGCUGCCUGAGAUAUAUUCAACAACAUUUCUUUGUUUCUCUGUGUAAUUCCGGUUUUCUUUCGUCUUUAAUAUGGCGAGCGAUUCUCCGGCUCGGAGUCUGGAUGAAAUAGACCUCUCCGCCUUAAGGGACCCUGCAGGAAUAUUUGAGCUGGUGGAGCUGGUCGGGAAUGGCACGUAUGGUCAGGUGUACAAGGGCCGACAUGUCAAAACAGGUCAACUGGCUGCCAUCAAGUGCAUGGAUGUCACAGGGGAGGAAGAGGAGGAGAUCAAAGCUGAGAUCAACAUGCUGAAGAAAUACUCUCACCACAGGAACAUUGCCACCUACUAUGGUGCCUUCAUUAAAAAGAACCCUCCCGGUGUGGACGACCAGCUGUGGCUGGUGAUGGAGUUCUGUGGCGCAGGCUCAGUGACAGACCUGAUCAAGAACACCAAGGGCAACUCACUGAGGGAAGACUGGACUGCCUACAUUAGCAGAGAGAUCCUCAGGGGCCUCACUCAUCUCCACCAUCACAAAGUCAUCCACAGAGACAUCAAAGGCCAGAAUGUGCUGCUAACAGAGAAUGCGGAGGUCAAACUAGUGGACUUUGGUGUGAGUGCACAGCUAGAUCGCACCGUGAGCCGCAGGAACACUUUCAUCGGCACUCCUUAUUGGAUGGCACCAGAAGUCAUCGCGUGUGAUGAGAAUCCUGAUGCCACAUAUGACUAUAAGAGUGACCUGUGGUCGUUGGGAAUCACAGCCAUUGAGAUGGCCGAAGGAGCCCCACCCCUUUGUGAUAUGCACCCAAUGAGAGCCCUGUUUCUGAUCCCUAGAAACCCGGCUCCCAGGCUCAAGUCCAAGAAGUGGUCUAAAAAGUUCCAGUCAUUCAUUGAGAGCUGCAUGGUGAAAAACCACAACCAGAGGCCCAGCACAGAGCAGCUCCUCAAACAUCCCUUUAUCCGAGAACUGCCCAACGAGAGACAGAUCCGCAUUCAGCUCAAGGACCACAUCGACCGCACCAAGAAGAAGAGAGGCGAGAGAGAUGAGACAGAGUACGAGUACAGCGGGAGUGAAGAGGAGGAGGAGGAGCACGACAUGGGAGAGCCCAGCUCCAUCAUUAACAUACCCGGAGAGUCCACUCUGAGGCGGGAUUUCCUACGGCUGCAGCUGGCCAAUAAGGAACGAUCAGAGGCCCUGCGCAGACAGCAGCUAGAACAGCAGCAGAACGAGGGACACAAGCACCAACUACUGGCAGAGAGACAGAAACGCAUUGAGGAACAAAAAGAACAGAGGCAUCGAUUAGAAGAGCAACAGCGGCGUGAGCGUGAGCUCAGGAAGCAGCAGGAGAGAGAGCAGAGGCAUCGCUAUGAGGAGCAGCUCCGUCGAGAGGAGGAGAGGAGACAGGCCGAAAGGGAGCAGGAGUAUAUCCGUCGUCAGUUGGAAGAGGAACAGAGACAGCUCGAGAUCCUGCAGCAACAGCUUUUGCAAGAGCAGGCGCUCCUACUGGAGUAUAAACGUAAACAGCUGGAGGAACAGAGACAGUCAGAGAGAUUGCAGAGACAGCUCCAGCAAGAGAGAGCUUACCUUGUCUCUCUCCAACAACAGCAGCAGCAGCAACCGCAACAAGACUCCAGACCCGCAGAGAAGAAGCAACUCUAUCAUUACAAAGAUGCAGUCAACCCAAGCGAUAAACCUGCCUGGGCCAAAGAGGUCCAUGGCCAGCCCUUGAAACCGAUCCAAACCAUCAACCACAAGCCUUCCUCAUCCUCCUCAUCCCCAUCCCGUCAGCGCCACGUCCCCCACCGGAGCCCCUCAGACCCCACUAGAAUGCUUCCCCCUAUUAGAGAACAGGUCACGAAGCAUUUACAUCACAGGAAGCAGCAGCAGCAGCCCAGCUUCCAUGUCUCAGGACAGCAAGAGAGUCGAGGAAACAUUAGCCAGCAGGUGCGACAGCUUAGGGCCUUCCAAAAGGCCGGGCAGGAGGCCCGCGGACGCAAGCCCAACCCAGUGAUCACUAAAGCGGUUGAGGAGCGCUCUAAACUGAACCGCCAGAGUUCUCCUGCCCUGCAGCAUAAAGUGGCUAACCGUAUCUCCGACCCUUCCCUUCCUCCACGCUCCGAGUCCUUUAGCAGUAGUGGAAUUCAGCCGGCACGGACCCCUCCUAUGCACCGCCCUGUGGAGCCUCAGAUGCCUCAUUUGGUUCCAGUGAGAUCCCAUAGCUCCUCUCUGUCAGUCUCUCAGUCUUUGCAUGAUCAAUCUGCCAAGGGCGUUUCAGCCUUCCAGGAGAGCCUGGUGUCCCAUCGGCCAGAGAUGCCACGGCAGAACUCCGACCCGACUUCAGAGAUGCCCCCUCCGGCCCCUCGCAUGGCCAGCCGUGAGGAAAAGCCUGAACGCAGUUCCCCCUGGCUAAUGGAAGAAGACGUUCCUCCCAAGUUGUGCAGUACUACCCAGGUGCCUCAGCGGACCACAUCUAUCUCUCCUGCUGUGGUGAGGAAGAACUCUCCUGGGAACGGAGAGUCCGGUGGAGGGGGGCGAGCGGCCUCCCAGCUCAUCCGCACCAGUAAUCCAGACCUGAGGAGGGCAGAGUUGUCCCUGGAUGUGGCUCUGCAGAGAACCAGCAGUAACAGCUCAUCCAGCUCCAGCACACCCAGCUCUCAGGGCGGCUCGCUGGCUGGAUCCAGUGAGAGGAACCAGCCGAAAGGCUCUGGUAAAUCAGAAGGAUCUCCAGUGGCAUUACAGGAGACUUCCAAACCCAUUCAGGAGGAAAGCAGAGAGUUGAACAAACCUGGUCGACCUGCGGAUCUGACUGCCCUGGCUAAAGAACUGAGGGAGUUGCGAAUAGAUGAGAUCAACCGGCCGCCCCUUAAACUGACCGACUACUCCUCCUCCAGUGAGGACUCUGAGAGCAGCGAGGAUGAGGAUGGUACUGUGGGGCAUGAUGGCACGGUGUCAGUCAGUGACAUCCCCAGGAUCAUGCCCUCUGUUCAGGGAAAUAAUGAGUCUUUCACAAGCAGCCGUGAUGAGUCCUUCGGUGAAUCCUACAACGAUGAGUCUAAGGAUGGCACCCUAAGAAUGAGAGCGGCCAAUGAGAGGCAACGCUUGGGCCACGGCGAGAGCAAUGGUUUCGCAGGCCACGGAAACCUACCAGACCUGGUGCAGCAAAGCCACUCCCCAUCAGGAACUCCAACAGGCCUCAAUUCCCAGGACUUGGACUCUAUGGAUGAGUUUGGUCAUGGAGGUGGUUUGAAAGCUUCUUUCACUCCUUUUGUGGACCCACGUGUGUAUCAGACCUCCCCCACAGAUGACAACGAUGAGAGCUCAGCGGCCGCUUUGUUUGCUAAUGAGCUGUUGCGUCAGGAACAGGCCAAACUGAACGAGGCUCGCAAGAUCUCUGUGGUCAAUGUCAACCCCACCAACAUCAGACCUAACAGCGACACACCAGAGAUCCGCAAGUACAAGAAGCGCUUCAACUCAGAGAUCCUGUGUGCUGCUCUAUGGGGUGUGAACCUCUUGGUGGGCACUGAGAACGGUCUAAUGCUGCUGGACCGCAGCGGUCAGGGCAAGGUGUAUAACCUCAUCACUCGCCGGCGCUUCCAACAGAUGGAGGUGCUAGAGGGUCUAAAUGUCCUGGUCACCAUAUCAGGGAAGAAAAACAAGCUACGUGUCUACUACUUGUCAUGGCUGAGAAACAGGAUACUGCACAACGAUCCGGAGGUAGAGAAGAAACAGGGCUGGAUCACUGUUGGGGAUCUGGAAGGCUGUAUUCACUAUAAAGUUGUGAAAUACGAGAGAAUCAAAUUCCUGGUGAUCGCACUGAAGAGCUCUGUGGAGAUUUAUGCAUGGGCCCCCAAGCCGUACCAUAAAUUCAUGGCUUUCAAGUCGUUCACAGAGCUGCAGCACAGGCCUCAGCUGGUGGACCUGACUGUAGAAGAGGGUCAGAGGUUAAAGGUCAUCUAUGGCUCUAGUGUGGGCUUUCACGUCAUAGAUGUGGAUUCUGGAAACCCUUAUGACAUCUACAUACCAUCACAUAUCCAGAGCAGUGUGACUCCUCAUGCCAUCGUGGUGCUUCCCAAGACUGAUGGCAUGGAGAUGCUGCUGUGUUAUGAAGAUGAGGGCGUUUAUGUCAACACCUACGGCAGAAUCACCAAGGACGUGGUCUUGCAGUGGGGAGAGAUGCCCACCUCUGUUGCUUAUAUCCACUCCAACCAGAUCAUGGGCUGGGGAGAGAAAGCCAUUGAGAUCCGCUCUGUUGAAACGGGCCACCUGGACGGUGUUUUCAUGCACAAGCGAGCUCAGAGACUUAAAUUCCUCUGUGAGAGGAAUGACAAGGUGUUCUUCGCCUCGGUCCGAUCAGGCGGUAGCAGUCAAGUGUUCUUCAUGACGCUGAACAGGAACUCUUUGAUGAACUGGUGAAGCUCCUGCAGACCCAACACCGUGGAGCCUUUUUCCUGUCCGAAUUGCAUCUGUGAGCGCACGGUACAUUGACACUUUGGUCUGAAAAAGAUUUUAAAAUAUUAGACUCUUGAGGAGUGAGCUUGGAGACAUGGGUCUGUCCCGUAGGAAGCGAGCGCUUGUUCUCUACACACGGCUAAUGGAGGCGCAGUAUCUGACGUCACCUGCAGUGGCAUGCAGUUCCCAGAAGAGCGGGCUGAUUAACUUGAACUUGGUUUUAGACCUUAUUUGUGGCCUCUGGUAAAGCCUGUUCUUUUAGGGUCCUCCCCUUUACGUUCCCGUCCCUGGUUUCCCAUUGGUUUUGAUUGACUUUUCCAAUGCAUUUUAGUCAGUUGCAUGAUUGUAAAGAUUUGGACAAUAUUUAAAAGAGAACAAAUGUGGGGAUAACAUUAGCAAGCACUCAGGCUAAGACCAAGCUUCAGUCUCUUGAUGUUUCACUUUAAAAUAUUGGCGAACACUUCUGCCAGUUUCACAAAUAUCUGUGAUGCCCGUUUUUGUCCGAUUUCUCAAAAGAGAAUGAAAUGCUCAGAAUAAACGAAUAACACUGGUGCUCAUUCGUAUAUUGUCAACAAGAUCCAUAUACUGUACAUUUAUCCAAAGUACUGUUUUAUAGCUUUGAGGUUGGAAAUACGGAGCCGAACGGAUCAUGAACGCAUCUUUAAGUUGCAUACCAUGCUUUGAAUUCCUUCUCUGGUCCUUUUUUGGAAUGUUUGGAACAUGAAGGAACAAAAGCAUGAAAGUUAACUGAAUGAAAUCUAGUCAUACGAGACUAGAUGGAAGAAAACGGUCCUCCUCACUGGUUGCAUGUUUGUGUGGACACUGGAUCAGAUGUUGUGUGAUGUGUGUGUCAAAGCAACAUGAUAUCUGAGAUCAUCAAAAAAUUUUAAAUAGAAAGAAAAAGGAUAAAAG